AUGUCUUUGCCUGAAGGAGAGCUAGGCGACAGAUAUGUGCACCUCUUCGCUGGAGGGUUGUACGCUUCGAUCAACGUCGCUAUGAUUGACUUUGGUAUCCAACUCUUCAUGUGCCUGUAUGGCCUCUCCGUUUUCCUCGACACACCCAAGGCGCUGCGCAAAGGCCGCCUUCCCUAUAUCGCCAUCAGUGCAGCCAUCCUGAUUCUUUCGGCCCUUGCUACAGCAUUAGAUGCGUACACCGAUUUCACAGCAAUGUUUUUCUCGAUGGGACCGAGGGCUUACUAUGAAGCUGCGUUUGCGAUGGAGGGUCAGUGGCCACGAUUUCUGAGUGUGACGUGUUUGGAGGUGUAUGUUUUGCUUGGGGAUGGGUUAUUGCUGUACCGAUGCUAUAUUAUCUGGAAGGACUUCCUAUGGCCGGUACUUCUCCCUGGGCUAAUCUACCUUGCCGUUUUAGGCGUCGAACUAACCCGCAUCGUCCAACGGUGCCGCUACCCCGGAGAAGGCUUCACCGAGGCUUACCUCGACCUGGACAGACUCACAGCAGCACUCUUCGUCCUCCUCACCAUCGCAUCCAACAUCAUUCUCACAGGUCUUAUCGUCUAUCGCCUCCUUAGAGCGCAUAGUCAAUUGUCGAAGGCUUUGCCAGGCAGGAACACGAAGGUGUACAGGAGCAUUGCGGGUAUCCUCAUCGAGUCCGCGCUGCCUCUUGCGGUGUUUGGACUCGGGUUUGCGGUUUGUGAGAUUCUGAGGUUGACGAGGAGCGGGAGCGUGAUUCCACGAGUGGCGGGAUCGUUGGUGUUUAAUGUUUUGUAUUGGACUUUUACGGCCCUUUCGCCACAAAUGAUUAUUUUCCGAGUCACCACGGGCAAAUCAUGGAUGAGCCACGAUGAAAUCACACGUGGGGAUGGGGUUUCGCAACCUUUGAGGUUUAACAGUGGUCCUGAGACCGACUCGUACCUUACGUCUACGGGGGUGAGGACGAGGAGGACCUAUAUGGACGAGGAGAAUCAGAAUUUUGGGCACAAUAGCCCUCAUACCAGUGAGAAGGGUAACGACGCGACAUAUACAACGGUACGAUAG